AUGGGUUCAGAAACCGCCGCCGCCGCCGCCCCACUAAAGAUUCCGCUCAUAGAUUUCUCCGAAACUGCGCCGCUGAAACAGGACAGCCUUGAAUGGGACUCCCUGAGAUCCCAAGUUCGCGAAGCAGUCGAAGAAUAUGGAUGCUUCGAGGCAUCGUUCGACGGGAUUCCAGCUGACAGCCUGAGCGCGGUGUUUAAGUCGGUGAAAGAGCUGUUCGACCUGCCUCUGGAGACCAAACUAAAGAACACCUCCAAGAUACCGUUGCACGGUUAUGUCGGACAGUGGCCUAGCCUUCCGCUCUACGAAAGCAUGGGGAUCGAAGAUGCCGAUGUUCUUCAAAAGGUUGAAGGCUCAACCAAGGCGCUUUGGUCCAAUGGAAACCCAGCUUUCAGCGAGAGCAUCGUGUCCUACACAAAACAGCUUUCGGUACUUGAUCAAAUGGUAAGGAGAAUGAUCGUCGAGAGCUUUGGGCUCGAGAAGUACGUGGAUGAACACCUCAACUCCACAACUUACCUGCUGAGGGUGAUGGAAUACAAAGCGGCUCGGAGCUGUGACGAAGUGCGAAGAAUCCAUCCCCACACUGACAAGGACAUGAUCACCAUAUUGUACCAAAAUGGAGUGGACGGACUGGAAGUGAAAAACAAAGCUGAUGGGCAGUGGAUCAAGUGCCAAUUCUCUCGAACCACAUCAUUCAUCGUUCUAGUUGGUGAUUCUCUUUAUGCGUGGCUGAAUGGACGAGUUCAUUCUCCGGUUCAUCGAGUCACGAUGUCGAGGAGCGAGACGAGAUACUCCCUGGGUUUGUUCGUGGUCCCAAAAGCUGGCUACGUAGUCAAAGCUCCCGAUGAAAUGGUUGACGAACAGCAUCCGCUGCUGUUCAAGCCCUAUGAUUUUGUGGAGUUUUUCAUGUUCUACGGCACCGAAGCUGGCCUGAAAUCAGCAAAUGCUUUGCGUGAAUACUGUGGGGUUUGAAAGGU